GCUUUUAAUACAAAAGUAGAGUUUUUAAUAUAAAAGAAAACUUAGAUAUAUAAAUAAAGUAAUAAUUUGGCUUACUUAAAAAUGGGUAAAUGAAUAGUUUUCCCAAUGUUUCAAUUUUUCACUUCUUACUCCUUCGCAUUAGAUAACGUGUAAAAAUUGUACUCUUCCUUUCUUAAUUUGUCCAAGUCAAUCUUUCUUUUCCUCAAUCUAUUCAUAUUUCAGAAUCCCCUACGUAUUUUUUGUCUUUCUCUUUGUGUUCAACAAUACUUUUAAGCUUCCAAUAGUUCUAUAUUUCUAUUGCUCUAUAAAUUUUUAUCUAAGAUCAACAAUACCUCAAAAAAGAUUAAAUGAGUUGGCUAUAUUAUCAAUUGAAAAAGAAUUAUUAGAGAAAAUCGAUUAUAAAAAAGAUUAUUAACAACUUUGUAUCUCAAAAAGCUAGAAGAAUAAGUUUCAAAUGUAAGCAUAUCUUAUAACUUUCUUUUUAAAAUUUAGGCCUCAUAUUAAACUUUGGGUUUAGGCCCCCGCAUAUACUUUAGCCGCCCCUGAAUUCGAGGUAAUGGGGAGAUUGACGAGUAUGUCACACAUCAUAUUGGAACAGGGUGGAUGAAAUGGAGGCUCAUAUCCGGCAUUUUGUGUGACAAGAGUGUGCUGCCUAGACUUAAAAGGUAGGUUCUAUAGAGUGGUGGUUAGACCUACUAUGUUGUAUGAGGCAUAGUGUUGGCCAAUUAAGAACUCUCAUGUCUAGAAGAUGAAAGUGACAGAGAUGAGGAUGCGGAAAUAGAUUUGUGGGGCAUAUCAGGAGAGAUAAAAUUAGGAAUGAAGUUAUUCAGGACAAGGUUGGAGUGGCCCCCAUGGAGGACAAGAUGCGAGAAGCGAAGUUAAGAUGGUAUGGGCAUGUGAAGAGGAGAGGUGCGAAUGCCCCAUAAGGAGGUGUGAGAGGUAGAGGUAAAGUAUUCGGGUGAGGUGAUUAGGCAGGUCAUGGCGCAACUUUAGCUUACCGAGAAAUGAACCUUGAGAGUAAGGUGUGGAAGUCGAGGAUUAGGAUAGAAGGUUAGUGAGUAGUUGAGGGUAUCUCUUUACCAUACCAGUUGCAUUAGUAUUAGUCUUGUAUUUUCCUGUUCGUAAAGUUAUAUGACUAUAUGGGAUUUCUUUCGCAUUAAUUAUCUUAUUAUAUCGUUGUUGUUACUACUUGUUGCUACUGCUUCUUUUCAUUUCUCCUUGAGCCGAGGGUCUUCAGAGACAGUCUCUCUACCCUCCCCAAACCCCACUUGUGGGAUUACAUUGGAUAUAUUGUUGUUGUUGUUAUAUAAUCGUGUGUAAUUAGUUUAUAUUCUAUGUAAACCAGCUAGAAAAACUAAACAGUAAAUCCAGUCCUAUUGACUAUUAACAGUCGGGUCAGAGCCGUUAUAAGUCAAAAAUUUCAGAGAGGUCAAAUUCAACCCUUUUUUUUCCACUAAACAAAUUCAACUCUUUGGCUGUAUAGAAGCUGCAGCAUGUUAUCCAAAAAAAAUAAUGCAGAUGAAGCUAAUUUUCUAGUCAUUCUGAAACUAGGGAGGCAUGAGAUCAUCAAAAUUGGUACUCAUGCUAAGUCCUUACCUUUUCCAAUGCUUAUUUAGCUAUAUGUGCAUUUGGGGUGCGUGACUGACAUCACUUUACUGAAUCCUAUGUUGAAUCUAUUCCAGAAAUUCUGGAAAAAUCUGAUAUUAAUUAGUCAAGCUUCAAUUUUCUGGUUUUAGCAGAAAUUUUGGACUGCCUUUUACGUAAUUGGUGUACGUGGGGAUUAGUACAAGCUGUGAGAAAUUUUAGGUCUGUAGUUAUGGGUAAGGGUUUAUUUGGUAUUUUUAAAUGAUAGUUCGCAUUACUUUGAAUAUAUCCUUUGUUCUAAUAAAUUGGAAUCAAGGUAGUGCUUCUCCAUUCGUCGAGCAUGCUACCACUUCAUGGUGUAGCAUUAAAUAGCUCGGUAAGGUGUCCUACUCCAACCUUCCCAAGGCACUUUCAAACUAUGAGGAUUAAUAUUUUUCAUGGCAUUCGUUAUCUCAGCCGGCCUAAUUCUACGAGUAUAACUAAAGUGUCUGUCGUGGCACAUAUGCAUGUAGAUCCAAAUUUUUAUUAAAUAGCCUUUCCAUCACUCCUUUAUCUAAUUAUCUCUUGUCAAUACUUGUUGAGAAUCGUCUUUUUAAUAAACUUCACCUAGUUUAAGUCCUUUGGUGGGUGUUGGAGAAGAAAGCAAUUCAUAUUAAAUAUAUGAAUGUCAUAAAAGACAAGUAUGAAGGAGCCGUCACUAGCAUGAGAACAGUAGUAAGAGAUACAAAGGAGUUUCCCAUAAUCGUGGGUUUACACUAGGAAUCGGCAGUGAGCUCAUACUUGUUUACCCUAGUUAUGGAUAAUCUAACCAAUGCAAUAUAAAAUGAGGUCCCAUGAUGUAUGUUAAUUGGUGACAAUUUUUUUUUGUAAUUGACGAAACCAACGAGAGUGUAAACCAAAAAGUUUGAACUAUGCAGAAGCACUCUAGAGUAAGAGUUUUUGGAUGCAUAGAAGUAAGAUUGAAUGUAUGUUAUUGCAAGUUUAGCCGGCAUAAGAAGAGUGAAGUUGAGGUGGGAUUAGACUGGAUUGUGAUGCCUAAAUGCAAAUAAUUCAGAUAUCUAGGCUCGUUGUACAAUAGCUGCAGAUGAAGCCAAUUUUCUGGUCAUUGGUUUGACCUCCAAUGUAUCUGAACCAUGAGAGACCUGAGAUGAUCAAAAUUGGAACUGAUGUUAAGACCUUUUCACCUCUUCAAAGGCUGUUUUGCUAGAAACUGCAUUUGGGGCACGUGACAUCACUUUACCAAAUCUUAUAUGGGUCCAUUCCAUGAAUUCUGGAAAACUAUGGCAUUUGUCCACGUUAUAUAGCAUGAAUCAGUUAUGUAGAAUUCAACAGCACUUGGAUCUGUUGCGUCAUUAACCUUUGACGGUCAUUAUUCAACGGAAAUGAUAUGUGAAAGCUAGCUGUCAGGGGCCGAAAAAGGUGGCUUCUUGAACUCAAAAGGUGACCAUUUUCUCCAUUUCAGCAAGAAAUUCACUUCUAAUUUUUCAGUUCUAUAUGGCUACAUAGACACAUAUUUAGUGGGGUGUCAGUAAAUUAGUCAUAGAUACAUCCUAUUGGUUUUUCUCAGAGCAUUGGAGUAAGGAAAAUAACUGGUUGAAUCUGAAGUGGGGUUUGAUCGAUAUUACAAUAUUGGAUUGAAAUGGAUAAUACAACAGCAUCAGCUCAAGGACCAACAUCACCAGCUGAGGCAGGUCAUGCUCGAUUAAAGCAGGAGAUGUCUAAGCUCACGAUUUCUGAUGAUCCCAGAUCACAGAGACAAAUGUCCCAUUCGAUCUCCCCACAACAGCCGCCUCGUUGUAGGGCUGGUGGUGGUUUUGAUGGUGGUGCUGUCGCUGUUUGGAAAAGCGGGUCAACUUAUUUCAGGCAUUUGUCACCAUUGGAAAGAGAGAGUAGUAGUGAAGGCGAGGGUGACAGCAGUAAUGGUGAUGGCCAUGCUGCAGUAAAGUUUACUGAUAGACACUAUUUGAAUAUAUUACAGUCAAUGGGACAAGCAUUGUAUAUAUUUGAUGUCAACUAUCGUAUAAAUUACUGGAAUCGAUCUGCUGAACGACUAUAUGGUUAUUCUGCUGAAGAAGCUCUUGGACAAGAUACCAUUGAGCUCUUAGCUGAUGCUCAGUAUUAUGGUGAUGCUGCUUACAUUAUAGACCUAGCGGUAAAAAUGGGUGAGAGUUGGACUGGACAGUUUCCAGUUAAGAAUAAGCAAGGAGAUAGAUUUGUAAUCAUUGUUACGACUAGCCCUUUUUAUGAUGAUGAAGGUACUUUUGUCGGUGUUAUUACUGUAGCGAGUAAUGCGAGGGAUUUCCAAGAAACAGGGUUUGCAUCGAUGGAAGUGAAGCUGUUGGAACCUGAUGCAAGAUUUAGAGCCAGAACCCUUGCUUCUUCCAAACUUGGACUUGAUCCCCAGCAGCCCCUGCAAGUUACCAUUGCCUCCAAAAUUUCUAAUUUGGCCUCAAAGGCGAGCGACAAGGUUAAGUCAAAAAUAAAGACAGGAGACAGCAGCGUGCUUUAUGAAGGUGGAAGUGGAGAUAGUCAUUACUUUAGCCGUGCAUUUUCUGGUGCUGCUCUCUCAGAUCAUAGGGAGGAUGCGAAUUCCAUUGGAGCGAGUACGCGUUUGGGAGAUUUUCACCCUUCUCCUGUUGGAUUAUUCUCUAAUCUUGCAAAAGAGGAACAUUCUCUGGGGAAACACUCAAGCUAUUCUGGGGAUGAGAGUGAGGGAAAACAAGGGAUUUGUAAGGCUGUCACCUUGAAGGUCGAGGCAUGGAUGGCGAGGAAGAGCUUACCAUGGCCAUGGAAAGGCAACAAUCGAGAUGUGUCAGAGACAGAGAGUACGAGACUUGUACGGGCUUGGCUAAACAAUAACCAUGAAAAUGAGAAUUACAGUAACAGUUAUAAUGCAUUAAAACCAGACAAUCAGUUUAUUGAUACUAACUGGACAACCACCAAUGAAGCUUCGGGAUCCUGGUCUACUUCAUUUAAUGUCAACAGCACUAGCAGUCCCAGUAGCUGCGGAAGCACCAGCAGUAGUGAUGUUAAUAAAAUGGACAUGGAUACUGACUGCCCAGAUUACGAAAGCUUGUGGGCGGACGUAACAAUUGGAGAACAUAUUAGAGAAGGUAAUCAAAGGAAAGGUUGAAGAUGUAGAGUUGCCUGAGAAAGCUGAUAUUUUGAUCUCUGAGCCAAUGGACAGCUGCAGCUUUUGCCAGAAACUUCAUUCUCAGAUGCAUAUAAGACAAUCAUGAAAGAACUUUGAUAUUUUCCCGUGAUGGGGUUCAGUGCAUUUCAUGUACAAGUGACUAAUAAGUACCUACGACUUAAAGCAAUUUUGACUCACCUUUGCUGCUGCACUAAAGCUUUCCUUAUGCAAUUAUUUUACCUUAUUUUCACACUAUAAUUUUCGACAAAGGGAUUUCAAUCUUCUCAACCGACCUGGUAUGUAACUUUACUGUUUCGUCCAACUCAUAUGGUUGUCACCCGUCUAUCCAAGAAUUGGUGAAGAAACUUAACAAUCUGCAGUGGGAGUAUGUUAUUCAAGCCCAGACAGCAAGCAGCACUGCAGGAUGUAGCAGCCAUAAGGAGCAGUAAAUACAAAAAGCGCUUGUGCUUCAGGUUCAUCGUCAGAUUGCUAGCAGAUGCAUUUUGCUAACUCUUCAAGGUUUUAUGACUGUCGCAUGAAAGUUGGUCUGUCAGAGCUCACAAGCUGCUUCUGUUGUCCGAUCCUAAGUUAAGAGGACUGUUCGUGCUGGCGCGUUCUAUUGGUCUUAUCGGGCACGCAUUUGAUCAGAAGGGAUUGAAGCACUGUACCAAGUGAAGACUGAAGACUCUAAAUAACAACAGCCAGAAAGUUGCAUGCUCCCUAAAAAGUGUUUUAUUAGCCAUUUGUUGUGAUCAUUCUUCAUGUUUUGGACUCUCAUCUACUCUCUAGCCGAGGGUCUAUCGGAAACAACCUCUCUGCCCUUCCGGGGAAGGGAUAAGGUCUGCGUACAUAUUACUCUCCCCGUACCCCACUUGUGGAAACUUACUGGGUUUGUUGGUUGUUGUAUUUUUCAUGUUUUAGACUAGUAUUUUGUACUCCCAAGUGGUUGCUAAGCAUUUUUGUAAGUUUGUAAAAAGAGACAACUCCUAUAUAUGAAAUAAAUGAAUACACUUAUUGUUA